AUGGAAGCUUUUUAUUUCAGAUUGGUUGGAAUUAAACGACCAAAGGUUCAGACAGCUUUCAAUUCAUACGUUUCGCAUUAUUUCUUAUAUUCCUCUCUCUCGCAUUCUUAUUUUCCGAUCUCUGAACCAGCAGUCGAUGAAUACGCUUUUGGACUGCUAGAAGUAGUGAAGGCUACUAGAAAUAGUGAAAGGUUGAAAGUUUCGACGACACGGAGAAUGAGAAAAUUUGCAUGGAUUGAAACUGGCGGAUUAUUG